AUGGAAUCCACUGAGAAACCUACUAAAUCCAAUGAUACUGAUGAUGAAGCUUCAGAGCUUUCAGAAAUGGAGGAGGAUGAGAAAGCUCAAGAUAUAGAUAUAGAGAUUUCUGAAAUAUCUAUAUUCUCAAAGCCUUCUAUUCAGCAACGUUCAUGGAAAAAUACCAAUCCAGUGGAGAUAAAGGUCUUUAUAGGCAUUCUUCUCUAUAUGAGAGCCCGCCGCCCGGAGGCCAAAAAUAAGGAUUGGUGGUAUAAGGUAGAGCCAUUAGCUACUAAGUUUCAUAUGGCAUGCCGAAAAUACUAUACCCCUGGCUCUAAGAUUUCCAUUGAUGAGAUUAUGGUUAAAUGCUUCGGACGGAGUCAACAUACAUACAAGAUGCCUAAUAAACCAAUUCCUCGAGGAUAUAAGAUAUUUGGCCUAGCAGAACAUGGCUAUUUAUGGUCUUUUUCCUGGUCUAGCCGCCGGCAGGGUAUAAUGUCUAUGUUCCAAUUCCCUAUGUUAACAAAAACCGGAUCUAUGGUGGUGAAUCUGGUGAAGCGGCUUCCUAUCAUAUCCACACCGAAUACGCUGAAUACCAUGCCGAAUGCCACCCCUAAUAUCGACUCUAAUAUCACCCAUAAUAUUGGCCCUAAUAUCAACCCGAAACGAAUGCUACGCCGAAUGCCACGCCUAAUGAAAUCUCUAUCUCACAGCUGGUCACAUCCUAUUCAAUUUAUAUGGAUAACUACUUUACAUCAGUUCCUUUAUUCAAAGAACUACGUCAACAGGGUUAUUGAACGUACUCGUAAAUGCCCAGGGGAACUCUCAACCAAUGCCAAUAUUGUUAGAAAAGCCUUUGAAGGUCAACCACAAAAGAAGCUGAAAAUCUCAUUGGUUAUAGAUGAUUAUAAUCAUCAUAUGAAUGGGGUAGACCUAGCAAAUCAAUACUGGGCAGCAUAUACUAGUCAUAGAGUCACCUAUCGCACCUGGCUUCCUAUUCUCUACUGGCUUAUUGAUUCCGCGGCUAUUAAUGCAUACCAGCUUCAAUAUCUAUAUAUGAAGCAGCAGGGGAUUCCAGCGAAGGAUCUUCCUUCUCAUAUAAGCUUUCAUGAGAAGCUUUAUCAGGAACUCUUUGAAUUCACACCUAGAAUUCAUGAUAAUCUACCAAGGGAAUGA